AUGCUGCAAUGCAUCAGUGGAGGAAUCCAUCUCUUCUACAGACCUGGAGCCGAGGCCAUUCUGCCCUGUGACGAUGUUUCAUCCUCUGACAGAGUUUGUUCCACAGUUUACUGGCUUUACAGCAGAGAUCUGUCUCAGACAUUUGGUCUGGUUAAGAAUGGAAAUGUGAAUAAGUCAGCCCGAGCUGCCAGGAUGAGUCUGGACACCAACUGCUCUCUGGUCAUCAACAACAUCACUGCUGAAGAUGUUGGUUACUACUCCUGUCGACAGGCCCAAAAACUGGACAUUAAAGUGUAUCUAAGUAUUGUAACAAUCUUGCCAUCUCCACCAGAUGCUGAUCCAAAGACAGACGGUAAAGUCACAUUAGAGUGUUCUCUGCUGAGAUUCAGCGGCCUCACUCCUUGUCGACAGAACAGCAUCCGCUGGGUGAAUGAAACAGGCACUGUGCUGCCUGGUGAAGGUGUCACAUACGAGAUCAUCGAAUCGAUGAAGUGUGUCUCUCCUCUGACUGUGAAGCGUCAGAGUGGCCACAACAGGAGAUACACCUGCCAGGUGGUUGAUGAGAGGAAUAAUGUCCAGAUAGAGGUUGACUACACACCUGUCUUCACAUGUGGGAUAAAUGAUGAUCAGACAGACAAGUCCAAUACAGAUUGGUCUCCUCUGGACUACGUCAUGUUGACUCUGCGUAUUUCAGGACUUCUCCUGAUUACUGUAAUUGUUGUUCUUCUCAUCAAAGGCAGAGGGAACAAAACACCACCUCACCAAAACAACGUGCAUGACGAUGGCGAUGAAGUCAAGUAUGAAAAUGUAGAAGCAACUUCUGCUGCUACCUGACUGCACUGAUCAACAACCUUCUUAUUGAAUUCCAUUUAGCUGCUUCAGUUUCAUUGUCCUUGUAUUGCACAUUGUUAAUGUUAUUUGUUACACCUGUGCUUUUCCUACUAUGACAAGAGGUGAAAAAGGCUCAUUUUACUUGUUAUGUCAUACCCUUUACUUUUCUUAUUAUAUUUCGAAUAUGGUAACAUGUUCCUCCAAACCAUAA